AUGUACCAGACGAUCACCAUGCCGGUCUCCAACCCUAAGCUCGGAUUCGUUGGCGCCGGAAUGAUGUCAAGCGCCAUGAUCAACGGCAUCAUCGCAGCAAAGGUCACGGAGCCGGGGAACAUAUUCGCCAGCGACGUGUACCAGCCGAGCCUCGACAGGCUCUCUGCCUCUGGGGUCCGCACAUCCACCACCAACAAGGAGGUGGUGACUGGGGCGGACGUCAUCGUCCUUGCCGUCAAGCCGGACGUGAUCCCGGCAGUCCUGACGGAGAUCGAGCAAUUUCUCACGGAGGACUCUCUCGUGGUGUCCAUCGCCGCGGGGGUACCGCUCUCCGCCCUCGAGAAGCUCGUGCCCGGCAAGCGCGUGAUCAGGGUGAUGCCCAACACGCCGUGCCUUGUGUCCGAGAGCGCAGCAGCGUUUUCACUGGGGUCUCACGCCAAGGACGAAGACCGCGAGCUUGUGCAGAGCCUGCUGAGUGCGGUCGGCUUCGCCUGCGAGGUCAAAGAGUCUCAGCUGGACGCUGUGACCGGAGUUAGCGGCAGCGGGCCGGCGUACAUCUUCGUCCUGAUCGAGGCCCUCGCGGAUGGCGGCGUCAGGAUGGGCCUGCCUCGCGCGACGGCUCUCAAGCUGGCCGCGCAGACGGUCAAGGGGGCGGCAACCAUGGUGCUGGAGACUGGCACACACCCAGGCGAGCAUUGGCUCCGUGAAUGCAUGUUCGCACCACAAGAUUGUAUAUCUUCUUGA